AUGAAAUCAUCAACGUCAGUAUCAGGAAUAGGCGAUUCUACCUUUGUCACGGAUGGAGUUUCGGUCAACGUCAGUCUGCACUCUCGCUCAUCGGAAUACUCAACUCUCAUCACCGCUGUCGUAGCCUCUAGCAUAACCGACCGGCAGCCGAGCUUCGGAAUAGACACUUGCAACUGGAAUAUUCCAGCAAAUCUGCCACUAGCUGAUCCAGAGUUUUAUAGACCGCAGCGUGUUGAUCUUCUAAUUGGCGCCAGCUUGUUUAACGAACUCCUCUGUGUUGGCCAGGUCAAGCUAUUGCCAGGAUUGCCCUCAAUUCAGAAGACUCGCUUGGGAUGGGUCAUAUCUGGAGGUUGUUCCCGGGUAAAGAAGGGGUCCUCUUUAAUGGUUUCGCGCGCCCCGGCCGUAGCUGCGGAGGAUAACCUAGACGAGAGACUUGAGUUCCUGCUGCGACGGUUUUGGGAGGUAGAGAAUUGCAUCGAACCCAUAGUAAAUUCUACCAAAGAAGAGCUAGAUUGUGAAGCUCACUUUGUGCAGCAUUUCCGCCGAUUGCAAACCGGCGAUUAUUGUGUUAGGCUGCCCGCAAAAUACAAUCUGGAUCUCUUGGGAGAAUCGUACCAUCAAACUCUUCGAAGGUUCUUAUCCCUUGAACGGAAGUUAGAUCGCCGUCCUGAUGUAAAAUCUCUGUAUGCUGCUUUCAUAAAAGAGUACCUUGAUCUAGGUCAUAUGUCCUUGGUUCCUGCCGAGUCAAUCAGCUCCUGCCGAUAUUUUUUGCCUCACCAUUGCGUCACAAAGGAAGAUAGUUCUACAACCAAGCUUCGGGUCGUUUUCGAUGGAUCUGCAUCAACAUCAUCUGGUUAUUUCCUGAACGACGUUUUAAUGGCCGGUCCUGUAAUCCAACCGAAGCUUUUCCAUAUUCUUACUCGAUUUCGGUCACAUGCAGUUGCGAUUACGGGUGAUAUUUGCAAGAUGUACCGAUGUGUCAGGGUCUCAUCUGAGGACAGUAACUUGCAGUGUAUUCUAUGGAGGAAUUCCAUGCAAGAGGAGUUGCGUGUGUUCAAGCUGGACACCGUUACUUAUGGUACGAAGCCUGCCUCUUAUUUAUCUGUGCGGGCGAUGCAUCAGCUGGCAAUGGAUGAACAGACAGCGUUUCCUAUUGGGAUUGAGAUUCUUCGGCGUGACUUCUACGUUGAUGACCUAAUAUCUGGAGCCAGCUCUCCGGAGGAGGCUAUCCGCAUUCGUGAGCAAACUGCAGGAAUUUUGAGUAGAGGCCAGUUCCGACUGAGGAAAUGGUGUUCGAACGUCCCUGCUGUCCUCGAUGGGGUUCCGGAGGAGGACAAGGAAACUUAUUUGAAGUUCGACGAUGGCAGUGAUUUUACCAAAACACUGGGACUUGCCUGGGAUCCUGUGUCUGAUCAACUUUUAUUCUCCUCUUCUGCCCUACAUUCGUCUUCGCAUCCCAGCAGGCGUUCCGUCUUGUCUACAAUAGACCGGUUCUACGACCCCCUUGGACUAGCUGGACCUGUCAUUACAAAGUCAAAAAUCUUUCUCCAGCAGUUGUGCAAGGAGAAGUUGUUCUGGGAUGAAAGCUUGCCAUCAGGACUGAACACCUCCUGGCAGGAAUUAUGUAACAGUUUUGGCCACAUUCGACGCUAUGAAUUUCCUCGGUUCGUGCUUAUUCCGAAUUUUGAGCUAGAAAUUCACGGAUUUUGCGACGCCAGCAUUGAGGACCAUAAGCCUGCAUUUAUGUUGUGUCUAAGGGUCAGCGGUUCAGCAGCCACUUACUCUGUGCAAAAUAUCGUGUUGCUCCAUUAA